AUGCUUUCUGGUAAAUCACUCUAUAUUUUCAUCUUCUUUGGUCUCAGUUUUGUAACCUCUUUUCCUAUCGACUUGGUUGGAAGAGCUGCGUUUGAGUUCGAUAUUUAUGAUCAUAAUAUCAAGGUAGAGAACAGUAACCCUGGCCCAGGAGAACAACCAUGGAGUAAGAGAAAAGACUUGUUAAUCGAAAGUAUUAGAAAUAAUACUUUAGCCUCACCUUCUUUAGUUGGACUUCAGGAAGUUCUUCAUGACCAACUUGUAGAUAUCACAAGUGGUUUGGGCGGAAGCUGGAAAAGUCUCGGAGUUGGUAGAGAUGAUGGGAAAGAGGCUGGUGAAUAUUCUCCAAUUCUUUAUCAAGAUGACGUUUGGGAAAAUCUUAACUUCACGACCUAUUGGUUAAGUCCAACUCCACAGGUUCCGAGCAAGGGCUGGGAUGCCAAAUUCAAUAGAAUCGUCAGCGUUGCCAAGUUUAGGCACAGAGCCACUGGGGCUCAAUUGCACUACUUGAAUACUCAUUUUGAUGCAGAUGGUGCUGAUGCUCGCUUACAUUCAGCACAAGAAGUUCUUUCAAUUAUUGGAAAUUUCACGGACCCAUUACCUGCAUACUUGUCGGGGGACUUCAAUAGUCAACCUACUGAAGAUGCUUAUAAAACAAUCAAUGGUACAUUGAUUGACGCCUCAACUGAAAAGUCUUUAGACACUGGAUUCGUCGAAACUUGGACAGGGUUCAACAAUGAGAAGCAAAAGAUUAUCGACUUUACAUUCUACCAAUCUGAUCACCAGACUACAGUCAUCAAUCACGAUGUCUUGAAUUCCAACUUUAGUGGUCUUUUAAUCAGUGACCAUAGGCCAUUACUUACAAAGUUUAGCUUGAAUUACUGA